AAGUCUUGUUCUUGAAUGUCUCACCGGUAGGCGGUGCCGUAUUGACGCUUAAACCCCAGGGUGAGUCGGACAUGACAUCCACCGACAUCAACCUGUAGAUGCGACUGUUUGUUUUCCGCAUUCCCCAACCGUCCGCGAGCUUCAGGGCCGCGUGCACAGGCAGCGCAGCUCCCACUCGCUGCAGGAUAUUACAGCAGAGAGACGACAGUUCAUGGGAACCCGACCUGCAAAGCCAAGCCGUCUCACUGGAGUUUGGAGGACCAUGACUUGAAGUUGGCUGUUAAACAGCAGCGGACUAACAAAGGACCAGGGGACUGAAGUGAAGCAACAUGGCAGUCUUCAAGCCUGAAAAUGUGGAAGACUUCUAUGAGAUUGGCGAAGUUCUGGGAAGUGGGCAUUUUGCUCAGGUCCGACAGGUUCGUGAGCGGGCCACUGGGACUUGUUGGGCAGGCAAGUUCCUGAAGAUUCGUAAGAACACGUGCAGCCGUCUGGGCCUGGACAGGAGCAGUUUGGAGCAGGAGGUGGAGAUCCUCCAAGCUGUUCAACAUCCAAACAUUGUUACUCUCAAAGACGUUUUUGAGAGCCGAGCUGAGGUGGUGCUCAUUCUGGAGCUUGUUAGUGGAGGGGAGCUGUUUGACUUCAUUGCUGAGAAGGAGAACCUGCUGGAGAGUGAGGCUAUUGAGUUCAUGAAGCAGAUCCUGGAGGGGCUGGGAUUCUUGCACAGCAAAAACAUCGCCCACUUUGACCUCAAGCCAGAAAACAUCAUGUUGUCAGACAAAGCGGCACCACACCCCAACAUCAAACUCAUCGACUUUGGCCUCGCCCACCGUUUUCAUCAGGGGGAGGAGUACAGAAGCACAAGUGGCACCCCGCAGUACAUCGCCCCUGAGGUGAUGAACAGUGAACCUCUGAGCACAGCAGGAGAUAUGUGGAGCAUCGGAGUAAUUACCUACAUACUAUUGAGCGGGUUGUCACCAUUCCAAGGUGAGACUGAUGCAGAGACUCUGAGAAACAUCAGUGUCAUGAACUACGAGUUUGCUGCACAGUAUUUCAGCAUGACCAGCUCCAUGGCCAAAGACUUCAUCCAGAAACUCUUGGUGAAAAAUCUCAAUGAUAGAAUGACAGCAGAGGAGUGUCUGCUCCAUCCAUGGAUUAAGCCCAUCACACGCAAACAGGUGGCCAAAAGGAAUCGAUCGUCAAUCAAUAUGAAGAACUUUAAGAAGUUCAACGCUAGAAGGAAAUGGAAGAUGUCCUAUAACAUGGUGUGGAUGUGUAACCGACUGGUCCGGUUGAAGCUGCUGUGUAAGGGCAGCUCAGAUCCAGAUCCUCUACAGGUACCAUCAGCAUGCUGUCUGAGAGGAGAGGUUGUGGAGGAAUGUUUUGAAUGUACCAUGAGUGGUGUUAGCGCCAUUCUCCUCUGGUCAGCCACAGAAGAACCAAGAAAAAGACCCAAGACAAUGUGAAAGCGACGCUGAGGACGCAGAAAGCAAGCCUGCCUCUCUGCUGCGUCGAAGACUCAGCAGCAGUUCAUAGAGCUGAGCAGAAGAAGGGGACUGAUGCAUAUUGUAAAGUGUUACAGACUCUCACAAGCACUGAAGAGGAUCUGUUCAUGACAGACCUUCAGUGGACAGUCCAGCUGAGCUGCUUUCAGCUCGUUGUCACCGAGCGUUCAUGCUGUAAUGAUGCUUGGUGUAGCUUAUACAACAAUUCUUUUAUGUCCAUGUCUUCCAUGACUUUUACAUGAAUGUUUUUCUCAUCAGCCAAAUGCAAAUACAAGGUUUGUUCUUGUUUGAAAUGUCCUGUGAUAUGUGAUGGAAGCAACAUCAGGAGCAGUAAAAAUAUAUUACAAAACUGUUUCACUAAAGUUUAGCUAAAAGCACAACUGUGACAGAAGAUGUGACAAACGUCAGGUUAGACAGUAAAAUGGUCUGUACUGCGAAGGAUUUGGGGUUAGCGAGGUAGCUUCAGGGUUCACCCGGCUGGGUUUUCAGUCCUACGACAGUCAUUUUUAUUGAAAAAAAAUUAAAAUACAUUUCCCCUGGUUUUUGUUUUUAAACAGAUAUUGCACAGUAAAAGAAAACAUAAAAGUGAAAACAUCAACGAUUG